GGGCCGAGGGUGAAGAUGAUUCCAGCUGCGUGUCUGAGUGAGCUGGCGGAUUGUACGCUGCAGGUCUCACCAUCUGGACAGUACCUGGAUCUUGAUCUGUCCCUGCUGGAGCAGAAGGAUGAGCUGGAAGGAUUCUACGAGGAGAUCAGCAAAGGGAGGCGACCAACUCUGAUCCUGCGCACACAGCUCUCUGUCCGAGUCCAUGCCAUCCUCGAGAAGCUGUACAACUCCCAGGGGCCAGAGCUGAGGCGCUCCCUCUUCUCCCUCAAGCAGCUCUUUCAGGAGGAUAAAGACCUGGUGCCGGAAUUCAUGAACUUGGAGGGGCUGACAUGCUUGAUCAAAGUGGGGGCCGAGGUCGACCAGAACUACCAGAACUACAUCCUGCGAGCGCUGAGCCAGGUCAUGCUGUUCGUGGAUGGGAUGUUGGGCGUGAUCGCGCACAACGAGACCGUGCAGUGGCUCUACAUGCUCUGCGGGAGCUUGUACCGCCUGGUGGUGAAAACGGCGCUGAAGCUGCUGCUGGUGUUCGUGGAGUACACGGAGUCCAAUGCCCAGCUCCUCAUCCAGGCUGUCAACACUGUGGAGCAGGCUAGAGGUGCGUAUCCAUGGUCCAACCUGGUUGCAAUCUUAGAGGAGCGCAAUGGGGCUGACACAGAGCUGCUGGUGUUCGCAAUGACACUUAUCAACAAGACGCUGGCAGCCCUCCCGGACCAGGACUCGUUCUAUGAUGUGACAGACUGCCUGGAGCAGCAGGGGAUGGAGCGCAUUGUGCAGCGCCACAUGCACAACAAGGGCCUGGAUCCUGACGUGAAGCAGCAGUUUGCAAUCUACGAAAGCUCGCUCAAACACGAAGAUGGAGUGGAAGAGCUGCCACCGGGGGUGCGCAAGGAGCGGAGGAAAACGGACGAGAACCGGCGGGGCCGGCGCUCCCUGGGUGGCAACGUGGAUGCUGGAGCUGGUGCAAGCUCCCCAAGCCCAGCCGUGGAGGACAACAAGCUGCCUGAGCUCUCCAGCUCCCCGAAGUAACCCACUGCCAAGACAGUGACGGAGAGCAGCCCAGCUCUGCCCUGCUCCGAGAGUGUUUACAGCAGCACGUCCAAUAUGCGGCUCUCUGCAUCGGCCUCCCCGGAGGAGAGGAACCACCCCAGCCUGGGGGAGAGGAGCGUUUUCAAAGCUCGCUUCUUGGAAAACCUGGCUUCAUCCCAAAAGGAAAGGCUAUCUGCGAUGUCCAAGGAGCGACUUGACAUCCUCGCCGAAGCCAUUCCAGGGAGUGGCCAGCUUAGUCCAGAGCCACCUCCAGCAGGGAGGCUGGUGCUGAACGAGGAGAAGGAGCAGAAUGAGACGGCGAACGAGCAGGAACCGCGCCUGUCAUCAGUCAGGAUCGCUCUGGGGAGGGAUGAGAAUGGAGACAGCACAUCAGGGCGCUGUCCCCCCCAGCAGGAGAGCGCCACUCCCUGCCGCUCCAUCUCCUCGGACAAGAAGCUGAUGCGCGACAUGCUAUUUGCCAAAAGCCAAGUGGAGCCAGGGCGGGACCUGCUCUUCCCUGAGGCGUCAGCUUCUGCCCAGCGCCACCGAGUGGCUGGGGACCAGCCGAGCCAGGCAGAGCUGCAAGGCAGUCAGGACCUGGAGAAUGCCAGGCCUCAGGCCCCGGCCCCUGACGGGCAGGUAUCCAGCGCCCAGACCCGGCUCCCGCGCACCCAGUCCAGUGUCGAGGCAGAAGCCAACGCUCAGAAUGUGGAGCGGGCCCUCCUGACCCCGUUUAAAAAGGACUUUGAGUUCAUGUGGGAUCGUCUGGAGCCCGGCCCUGUGCUGCUGAAGAUCAAAGACCUGGACUUCUCAGACCUGGGUGAAGAGGAAAAUUUUGAUGCCUUAGAGCAAGGGGCAGUAGGAAAUGACUCAUUCCAUGUGCCUCCCUCACCCCCUUCUGGCACUGAGGCACUGACUGCGGGAGGCCUCCUGGCUCCCCCACCACCACCCCCUCCUCCUAGCUGUCCCCCACCCCCUGGCUGUCCUCCGCCCCCCCCCCCUGUUCCUGGCUGCCCACCCCCUCCUGCGUUUGCUGGCUACCCUUCACCAGAUUCAUUUUCCCCUGCCAAGAAGAAGAAGACAGUGAAACUCUUUUGGAAGGAGCUGAAACAUCCCAGUUCCCACGUUGGGGCUGGCCGGUUUGGCCAGGGCACCGUGUGGGCAUCCCUGGAGAGAGUAGAGAUUGACGCGGCCAAGCUGGAGCAUCUCUUUGAGUCCAGAGCAAAGGAAGUGCUGAGUUCCAAGAAAGCUGCUGACGGGAAGAAGUGCACGGUGGUCCUCGACCCCAAGAGGAGCAAUGCCAUUAACAUCGGCCUGACGGUGCUGCCGCCCGCUCACAUCAUCAAGACGGCCAUUCUCAGCUUCGACGAGUUCGCCAUUAACAAAGAAGGGAUUGAGAAAAUCCUGACCAUGGUUCCCACCGACGAAGAGAAGCAGAAGAUCCAGGAGGCGCAGCUUGCCAAUCCCGACCUCCCCCUGGGCUCAGCCGAGCAGUUCCUGCUCACCCUCUCCUCCAUUAGCGAGCUCACGUCUCGGCUCCAGCUGUGGGCGUUCAAGCUGGACUAUGAGAGCAUGGAGCAGGAGAUCGCAGAGCCUCUGUUUGACCUGAAAUUGGGGAUGGAACAGCUGGCCAAAAACCAGACCUUCAAAUGUAUCCUGGCUACUCUGCUGGCCAUGGGGAACGUCCUCAACGGCUCCCAGAGCCAGGGCUUCGAGCUCAGUUACCUGGAGAAGGUCUCGGAGGUGAAGGACACUGUGCACCGGCAGUCUCUGCUGCACCACCUGUGCCAUGCAGUGGUGGAGAGGUUCCCCCAAACCAGCGACCUCUACUCGGAGAUCGCAGCCAUCACCCGCUCAGCCAAGGUUGACUUUGACGAGCUGGCAGAAAGCCUGAGCCAGCUGGAGCGACGGUGCAGAGCAUCAUGGGACAACCUGAAGGCCAUCGCCAAGCACGAGACCAAACCGGGCCUGAAGAGCAAGCUGACGGACUUCCUGAAGGACAGCUCUCGGAAGAUCCACAUUCUGAAGGUGGUGCACAGACGCGUACUCCACAGGUUCCGCUCCUUCCUGCUGUUCCUGGGCUACCCACCGGCAGCCGCGCGGGACAUGAAGGUGACGGGGUUCUGCCGGCUCCUGCGGGAGUUCGCCCUGGAGUACCGCACGUGCCGAGAGCGUGUCCUGCAGCAGCAGCACAAACGGGCCACGCACCGCGAGAGGAACAAGACCCGGGGCCGGAUGAUCACAGAGAUGGAGCGAUUCUCCGGCAUGGCCAACAGCCCUGAGGCAAGCCCCUCUCCAGCUGUGGGCUCGACCUGCCCGGAGCAGCAGGCGGAUGCAGGCCACGAGACCAUGAAGAGCGUCUUGAGCUCAGCUGUGGAGCCCCAGAGCCGGCGCAGCAGGGCCAGCCGAGGUGUGGGCCGGUCAAGUCCCUCCGGCGGCUCUGUGCCCCAGGACGACAGCUCUGGCUCCCCGGCAGACGUCUCGGAUGAAAUCAUGGAUCGCCUUGUGCAGUCCGUCACCCACAGCACCGGCCCACGGUCAGGCCCCGCCAAGGAGCGCAAGAGGUCACGUGUCAGCAGGAAGUCCCUGAGGCGGACUCUGAAGAGCGGCCUGAGUGAUGACUUGGUGCAGGCCCUGGGCCUGGCGCAAGCUCCCGGCGUGCAAGUGUGACGGUUGUCGUGGCCAGCAGAGCCGCUGCGGAUGGAGCCUGCCUAGAGCCUGCGAUGCCCCACUCCCCAGAGCGAGCAGGGCCAGGAACGCGCUGAGUGGGAGCCCUGCCAGCCCAGCCCAGCGCUCUGCGGCCUGGAGGAAGGCACUCGCCGGGCAGGGCCAGUGCUUGGGGAGCACCGAGCCCCUGCCCUGGGGCCGCAGCCUAGCAAUCCCGGCAGCACUGGAGCCCCUCUGAAGCCACAGUGGCUACUGCUUCUCCCCACCCCCACCAUGGGCCUCCCUACAUCCUGUUCCUCCUCACAGACCCUGCUCUAUGGGCCCCCCCGCACCCUGUCAUCCAUCCGUCCUGUGCUUUCCUGCAGUGGGAUCGUGCGCCGAGUGGAUUUGCUCUGGGGACACUGUAGCGUUUGAGCCCUUUGCUGGUAGCUGGCAAGUGGGACGUGUGCUGUGGAUUAGUUUGGCUGGGCUCUGCAAAGAGAAGCACUGGCUGUGGCAGAGGCUUGGGCAUGGAUGGGCUGCAUGGCACUGCCAUCGCAGCUGCUCCUGGGUGCAGACUCCAUCCCCUUGGGUUUGCCUCCUGCCUUUCCCCUUCAGGUUCCUGGAUUCCAGGGCUUCCCAGGGUCCUGCUAGGAAGCGAGUAGCAUUUCCCUAGUGGCUGGCACCCAGGUUCUCCCAGGGCUCCUGGCCCUUCCUGGGUGCUGGUGAUGGGCGGGGUCCACGUGUGCACUAGCUGAGCAAUGCAUGGAAGCCCCGCUCCCCUGGGGGAGAGCAGGGCUGGCUGGCCACCUGGGACGUGCAGUCUGGCCCCCGGUACAGUGAAUCGGGUUGUGUGCGCUGUAGCCACCCUCCAGCAGCACCUGGGGUAUGAAGGCCCCAGUGCAGUCACUGGAGCUGGUGCUGAUUGGACUGAAUAAAGACAGCUGCUGUUGA